AAAGUCUAAACUUUUAGCAACAACACACUGCAGCUGCUGUCGUGACUCUAUGGUGCCAGUUAGGAUCCGGUCAGUGGAAGAGGAGCCUCGCUGUGAUGCUCAGGACAUGGAACCAAAGUAACUGUGAAUGAAGAAACUCUCUUUUGCCUUGUUUGCAUCGUCCUGCUGAAUCUGUUCCUUGCCAGUAGAACCAGCAGCAUACAGAGCAGAGCACAUUGGAGACCUAAGGGAGCGACACUGUGAGGGAAGUCAUGCUCCCCUCUCUGCACUGGCUCCUGCUGCUGUGGGGACUCCAGGGUCUGGCAGCUCAGGACUAUGAAGAAGACUAUGAAGAGGAGGUGGUGACCCCGAAGAGGAAGAACAAGCUGCUUUCAACAAACUCCGUGACGCAAAAUGGCAAAUCUCUCGUCGAUGAGGACUGCGGUUUGGAGUUGGCCUUCUUGAUCGACAGCUCCGAGAGCGCCAAGGACAACCAUGCCCAGGAGAAGCGCUUCGCCUCGGACGUGAUGGACCGGCUGCAGGGCCUGAGGCUGCAGACCGGCCGGGGGCUCAGCUCCCGCGCCGCCCUCCUCCAGUACAGCAGCCACGUGAUCAUAGAGCAGACCUUCAAACAGUGGAGGGGCACUCAGGACUUCAAGGCCCGGAUCGCUCCCAUCACGUACAUCGGCCACGGCACCUACACCACCUACGCCAUCACCAACCUGACCCGCAUCUACCUGGAGGAGUCGGACACCAGCAGCAUCAAGGUGGCCAUCCUGCUCUUCGACGGCAUCUCGCACCCGAGGAACCCAGACAUAUUUUCAGCCGUGGCCGAUGCCAAGAACCAGGGUGUCCGUUUCUUCACCAUAGGGAUCACACCUGAAGCCAAUGAGCCCGCAAAUGUAGCCCAGCUGCGGCUGAUCGCGAGCUCCCCGGCUUCCCGCUACCUCCACAACCUGCAGGACAGAGGCAUCGUGGACAAAGUCAUCAAGGAGAUUACGGCGUUGGCGGACGAAGGGUGUCCUCUAGCCCAGAGCAAGUGUGCAUGUGAGAAGGGGGAGAGGGGACCCAGUGGCCCUGCUGGCAAGAAGGGUCGCCCUGGUGACGAUGGAAGCCCCGGCGCUAAAGGACAGAAGGGUGAGGGUGGUCUCAGUGGACUUCCAGGACGGGAAGGAGGAGAGGGAAAACCGGGAUACAAAGGAGAGAAGGGAGAGAGGGGCGAGUGUGGCACACCUGGAAUUAAAGGAGAUCGAGGUCUUGAAGGCACCAUCGGCCCAAGAGGAAAUCGUGGAAUUCAGGGUUUGCCUGGUCCGCCCGGUGAUAUCGGACCGGAGGGUGUGAUGGGUAAAAAGGGAGAAAGGGGACUUCCUGGGCCACCUGGAAUCCAAGGGGAAACAGGGAUCGGCCUUCCGGGACCCAAGGGCGAUGUUGGCUUCCAGGGGCAACCAGGGCUUCCAGGUCCUCCAGGGCUUGGCGAGUCUGGACCACCAGGACCUCAAGGGCCACAGGGAGUCCAAGGGGAGAGAGGACCGACAGGAGAAGGUCUCCCCGGACCAAAGGGAGAGCGAGGACUGGAGGGGCCACGGGGGCCCAGAGGACAGCCGGGCGCUGGAAUCAAAGGAGACAAGGGGGACUUUGGCCCUCCAGGUCUUCCAGGGCCCCUCGGCAUCCAAGGAGUCGGCAUACAGGGCGAGAAGGGCACAGAGGGUCCCAGAGGGCCACCAGGGAGCAGAGGCCCACCAGGGGAGGGCCUGAUCGGACCCAAGGGUGACCAGGGGCUGCCGGGUGAGGUUGGCGCCCCAGGAGAAAGAGGGGCUGGAGACCCUGGAGCUAAGGGUGAGCCGGGAUCACAAGGGAUGUCGGGUUUACCGGGGCUGCCGGGGGAGGACGGAGCGCCUGGACAGAAGGGCGAGCCGGGAGCUGUCGGCCUCAGGGGACCCGAGGGGGCACCUGGACUCGGCACCCAGGGCGAAAAGGGUGACCAAGGCCAGAGAGGAAUACGAGGGCUGACUGGUCCACCUGGCAUCGCCGGACCCUCGGGACCAAAGGGAGAACCAGGGGCACAAGGCAGAUCGGGUUCUCCUGGUCCACCAGGACGCUUCGUCAAUGGGCCCAAGGGAGACGUUGGCCCGAGCGGUCCUCCUGGUCCGAUCGGGGAGACUGGCUACGGACUUCCUGGUCCAAAGGGUGAUCGAGGAGACUCGGGCCCUGCAGGGCCAUUUGGUCCCAAAGGAGAUGGUUAUCCUGGCCCCAUGGGUCCUCCUGGUCUGCCCGGACUCCAAGGAGAACCUGGACCGGAAGGACUGGGCAUCCCUGGACCAAAGGGAGAUAUUGGUUUCCGAGGGCUGCCUGGUUUACCAGGACCUCCAGGCGAAGGCCUUCAAGGACCGCUGGGUAACCCAGGGCGACCUGGUCCACCGGGGCCAACAGGGCCACAAGGACAAGGAGUUCAAGGACCAAAGGGCGAGCAGGGGUCCCAGGGCGUGGCAGGGCCGAGGGGGCUGCCUGGAGAAGGCUUUCCUGGAGCUAAAGGUGACCGAGGCUCAGCGGGGGAGAGGGGGCUGAAGGGAAUCAAAGGAGACAUGGGAGACUCUGGGAUCCCCGGGCAGCCUGGUCGGCAAGGUAUCAAAGGUGAAGCAGGCCUCACUAGAGAGGACAUCAUCCGAAUGAUCAAAGAGAUCUGUGGAUGUGGGAUCAAGUGUAAGGAGAGGCCUAUGGAGCUGGUGUUUGUCAUUGACAGCUCAGAGAGCGUGGGCCCAGAGAACUUUGAGAUCAUCAAGGACUUUGUGAACGCCCUGGUGGACCGAGUGACGGUGGGCCGCAACGCCACCAGGAUCGGCCUGGUCCUCUACAGCCUGGAGGUGAGACUGGUGUUCAACUUGGCCCGCUAUGUCACCAAGCAGGACAUCAAGCAGGCCAUCAGGAACAUCCCAUACAUGGGGGAAGGCACCUACACCGGCACGGCCAUCCGCAAAGCCACGCAGGAGGCCUUCUACAGCUCACGGGUGGGCGUCAGCAAAGUGGCCAUCGUGAUCACCGACGGGCAGACGGACAAGCGGGAGCCGGUGAAGCUGGACAUCGCGGUGCGAGAAGCACACGCUGCCAACAUUGAGAUGUUUGCUCUGGGGAUCGUGAACACCUCGGACCCGACGCAGGCCGAGUUCCUGAGGGAGCUGAACCUGAUCGCCUCCGACCCAGACUCUGAGCACAUGUUCCUCAUCGACGACUUCAACACUCUGCCAGCUCUGGAAUCCAAGUUGGUGAGCCAGUUCUGUGAGGACGAGAACGGAGCCCUGAUAUACAACAGAAUAACUAACGGCUACAACGGGAACAAUGGCUACAACGGCAACAGGAACGGCUUCAAUGGGAACUACGCCAUCGGUGGCUAUGGGUACAGGCCUGUAACCGAGCAGGACGCACACAACGGCCGACAGAACGGCGGCAACACUGGCGCCAGCACUCACAGCCACGGAGGCCGGGUGGAGACCCCCCAGCAGGGCGGCAGAGGCUCCAGCACAACACAACAGGGAGGAGGACGGCAGCAGCCGACCACAGGAACGACAACCUGGGGAACCGAGCGCGGGGACACAUUUAACCGCAACACCUCGGACUACAGUCCUCCCCCUACGUCCAGAGUGGACUCGUCCAGCAGCCGAGGCUCCUCAUCAUCUUCAUCCUCUACAAAUAUAACCACGUCGUCCUCCAGUGUGUCUGUGCAGCACGUUCCUGUACCAAGGCCGGCUCUGCCCAAAGAGACGGUGCCUCUGGACCCCCGCUGUGGCCUGGUGCUGGACCAGGGCACGUGUCGGGACUACAACAUCCGCUGGUACUACGACAAGCAGGCCAACGCCUGCGCUCAGUUCUGGUACGGAGGCUGCAACGGCAACAAGAACCGCUUCGACACGGAGGAGGAGUGCAAGAGGACGUGUGUGGUUUCCAGAUCCACCGGAGGCUGAGGGAAGGCAUCUGUCUUGCAUCUGCUGUAGAGACUUCAAGGAGGGGCAGCUAGAACCAGCCAUUCUUCACAGGGUCAUAAAGUUCUUUUAAUACUUCUCAGGCAUAUACACUGGUGCUCCAUAUCACCGCUACGUCUCGCUCCCUGUCUCCUCCUAGUAAAAAUAAUCCUCCUCUAAUUACAGCGACGUCUUGGACAGACACCUCCAUUGUUUUUCUUAAUAGCACAGAGAUCCUCCAUCACUUCUACUCAGGAAUACAGAUGAGCACUGCAGUCUCUUAGUCGCCCCCCAGGGGUUCCUGCAACUACAGGCUAUAGUUGUUGUUUUUUUUCAUACACAAUCUGUACGUGCUGCGAAGAUGGUGAAAAGAUGGACUUAUUUGUUGAUCAGUAAAAGCUCUGGUGCCUUAGAGAGUAAAGCAAUCAAUCAGCGUGGCAUUAAAACUAACUGCAGCUAUUCUUUACCUAAACAAUCUCUCUAUUAGUGUGUAAUCAACCAACGCAGCAGCAGCGCAGCAGAGAUGAAGCCUCCCGUCACUUAUAUCAAUGAAAUAUAGUUUUGUGUUUAUAUAUAUAAAUAUAAAGCCUGUUGCUGUGUAACUUCAUGUUUUUGAAUGUGUUCUCUUAGAUUUCUUAAAUGAAUAAUGUGAUGUUUUGUGUUUACAUUGUUUAACACACACACACACACACACACACACACACACACACACACACACACACACACACACACUGCCCUCUACUGGCCAACACAUGCAGCUGCUGCCCUAUGAGCAGAACCCACCCUCAUGUUUCCAGCUGUACCGACUGUGCGUCACACGGUUCAACGUUUUUAAUAAACCUGAUCUUAACUAACGA